AUGGAUUUCCAUAGCCUUACUAGGAGAGAAUUGCAGGCGCUCUGCAAGAAGAACAAGAUCCCAGCUAACAUCACUAAUGUCGCCAUGGCUGAAGCUCUCCAAGCUCUCAAGAUCGUUGAAGGUACUGAGGAAUUUAUGCAGACAUCCCAGUCUGGAACUGCACAAUCCUCAAUGGAAUCACUUGAAAUGGCAGAAGUGACAUCUCCACUUGUGCCUCCAACUGCUGCCAGGAGCACACGGCGCACAAACAUCGCAAAAGAAGCUCCCCAGAGUGUGAAUCCGACAACCAGGACUAGACGUACAACUCGAAAGACCCAAUUUAAAGAUGCUGAUGUAACGGAAACUCUAGCAAUGUCAGCACAGACUAAAAAGAAAGGUCCGAUGACCUCGGCUUGUAGGAAAAUGGAUUCUCAGUUCAUGGAAUGUGUGGAUGACGACAAAAAGGGCAUGUUGGUGACCCCUGCAGCUACUAGUAGGAGGAAAAGAGUGGACGAAAGCACAGUUAAAAGUAUAUAUAGCACAAGGCGGUCUUCAAGGCUAGCCGAGAAGCGUAAUGUGAUGUUGAAUGAGGUUGAAAAUGAAGAAUCUCAGAUUUCCAAGAAGAAACUGGUUGCUCAAGAGAAGAAUCUGAAAUAUGGUGUGGAAGAUUUUGCUGAACUCUCGGGCAUUACUGAUACUUACUCGAUGACAGCCAUUGAGGAGAAGUUUGAGGAUAAAGAUGAAGCGGAAGUUGUUUCAGUUCAAAAGCAGGAAACAUCAAUUGGUAAAGAUGAAUCUGGAGAUAUUUUGGGCAAAAAGCUUGACACAUCAACUGGUGAGGAGAUUGAAGCCAUUGAAGAGAAGUAUGAGGAUAGAGAGGAACCAGGAGCUGUUUCAGUUCAAAAGCAAGAAACAUCAAUUGGUAAAGAUGAAUCUGGAGAUAUUUCAGGCAAAAAGCUUGACACAUCAACUGGUGAGGAGAUUGAAGGAUGUUCUGAUUCUUCAGAUGUUGAUGCAAUGACAGACAUUGAGGAGAACUUUAAGGAUAAAGAUGAAGCAGAAGUUGUUUCAGUUCAAAAGCAGGAAACAUCAAUUGGUAAAGAUGAAUCUGAAGAUGUUCCAAGCAAGAAACUUGACACAUCAAUGGGUGAGGAGAUUGAAUUGGGAACACAUGCUGAAGAGGAAAAAUUCACCAACUUUGAGAAUGAAGAUUGUGGUGAAAACACAGAUAUGCUACUGAUAGUCAGCAAUGAAGUUCUUCAACAAUCUAAUGUAGCUCAAGAUGUAUGCAACUCUGAAACUAAGAAUCAGACGAACACUGAAGAACUGAACAGCGAGGAACGUGAAGCAUCAGAGGAUGAAGCUGCUGAGUUUGUUGAAAAUGUGAUUCUUGAGUGUGGAGAAGUUGAUGAAGAUUGCCCUGUUGCGUCUGAAGAUGUUUGCCCAUCUGAAGAGACUACAGUUGAGAAGAACAUUGAUGAUCUGAUAGCUGAGGAAGGUGAAGCAUCUAGAGUUGAGGAUGCUGAUAGUGUUGAAAGUGAAGAUGAUACUGUAGUUGAUGACUCCCGCUGUGACAAUGCUGGUUUUCAAAACAAGGAUGAUGAAGAAUUUGAGAACGAGCAUAACGUGGUAGAAGUCGUUCAACUCGAAAGGGAAAAUGCUGCUUAUAUAAUUGCUGACUCUAAUUUUAUUGACCAUUCGGGUGCUUCAGUACAGCUGAAUGAUGAUGAGCCUAACGAAAUGGAUAUUCAUCAAAAUGAAGAAACAAAACUUACUGAUCUAGUGCCGUCAGAUAAAUCAUAUGCUGAUUUCUGUGAGCAGAUUCUGAAAUCUGACUGUGAAAAAUUAGAAAUUGAGCCUGAAGAAACUAAUGAGCCCACCAAAUUAGAAAUUCAUCCUCUUGAAGGAAGAGAAAAAGCAGCUGAUCCAUCCGAUGAAUCACUCACUGAUUUCUCAUCUGUUGCGUGUGUUGAGACGAGCCAUGCUGUUGUUCUGCAGGGUUGUCCGACUCCAAGUAAAAGUCCUGUGAGCAAAUCCUUGAUGAAAACCAAGAGCAGGGCUUGCUUUUCAGAUAAUAAGGAGAAUUUCGGCAGUGGGGCUAAAUUGAUCAUCAUGAAAGACGCAAGGGUCGUAAAGAAGAAGGUCGAUGAUGCUAAGGAUUUGAAGGAUUUGAGCCUGAGAAAGCUCACGAAGAUGUUUAAAGAAAAAUUGGAGAUUUCGAAGAAGGAAAGCCAGAAUGAAAAUGGCAGCGAGGCAAUAACAAGACCAGCUCUGCAGGCAAUUUCCGAGAACAGACUGGUGGAUGAAACUCAAAACUGA